AGCGCUCGUUUUAGCCGCAGCUAUCAGAGCCCUUCAUUGAGAAAAAUCCACAGCCGAGUGAUUAAUCGAGGAGCUGCAUGGGAUGUAGGGGAGGAAAUCUGCGACGAGUUCUGUUUUCACACUGCCAAGAAACUUCACUUACCAAGGUGAAGACUCCUGCACCAUGGAGGGCUUUUAUGACCAGCAGGUUCCCUUUGUGGUCCCUGAGAGUAAAUGUCACACACAGGAAGCAGCAAAGUGUCUCAGCGACAGGAAGAGGAAGUUCAUGGACACCGAGCUGGCUCAGGACACAGAAGAGCUAUUCCAAGACCUGAGUCAGCUCCAAGAAAUAUGGAUCGCCGAAGCUCAAGCUACUGAUGACGAGCAGUUUGUCCCCGAUUUCCAGUCCAAUAACUUGAUGUUUCAUGGACUGGCCGCCAGCAAAGUGAAGCGUGAACAGAGUCCGUCCAAAGACUUCUCUCCCUGCAGAACGCCUCAGGCUGACAUGUGCCUUUACAGCUACAGUGCCUGUGAGCCCGCUCUGACUCCAGCCUCCACACCUGCAGUACAACAACGUGGCUCCAUCCACCCUACUGGACCUCCACCUUUACAGAGGCAGUUACAGCCAUCUACCCCCCAGCUGACCAACAGCUGCUCCCCAAACCAUGCUCCUGCCCUCAGCCCCUCCCACCUCCGCAACCUUCCACAGGCCAAUCAAAGCCAGCAGUUUGCUAUGCCACAUCCUCCCAUUGGCUCCUCCAGUGUGUCAUUCAACGCAGAACAAAGGUUCCAGCGGCAGCUGUCGGAUCCCUGCCUGUCUUUCCUUCCUCCAAAGAAGACCGCAAACACACCGUACCAUCCCACCAUCCGUGACGGGAGGCCGAUGUAUCAGCGCCACCUUUCAGAGCCUCUGGUUCCCCACGCUCCCCGGGGUUUUAAACAAGAACUGGUAGACCCAAGAUAUCCAGAGCCAGGGCCUCCUACUUCAGGUCUGGCACGUCCUCAGACUGCCUUCAACCAUGUCACAAUUAAACAAGAGCCAAGGGACUUUGGCUAUGACUCAGAGGUUCAAACAUGCCAGUCGUCAUCCUUUGAGAAGUCUUCUGCUUUGUACCAAAAUAACAGUGCAGGAUUUGGUCCAGACAGAGAGCCGUGUCUGUACUAUGAUGACACAUGUGUUGUGCCGGAAAGGCUGGAAGGUAAAGUGAAACAGGAGGGUCUACCAUACCAGCGCCGUGGCUCCCUGCAGCUGUGGCAGUUCCUGCUCACACUCCUGGACAACCCAGCCAAUGCACACCUGAUCAUCUGGACGGGGCGAAACAUGGAGUUCAAGCUGAUUGACCCCGAAGAGGUGGCUCGGCUCUGGGGGAUCCAGAAGAAUCGACCUGCCAUGAACUACGAUAAGCUGAGUCGCUCGCUGCGGUACUAUUAUGAAAAGGGCAUUAUGCAGAAGGUGGCCGGUGAGCGGUAUGUCUACAAGUUUGUGUGCAACCCCGAGGCGCUUUUCUCCAUGGCUUUCCCAGACAAUCAGAGGCCAAGUCUCAAGCCUGACCCGGAUGCUGUCCUACCUCCUUGCGAGGACGAAGGCCCACACCUCCCCAGCUAUGAAGAUGACGGGCCUUAUCUGGCUGAAGGAACGGAGCAGUGCAUCCAAAGACUGGGCCUCCCUGACGGCUACCCGUACUAGACUCCACAGCCUGGCAGCUGAAGUUAUUUUUAACACGAUGUAACCUAUAUUUACAGAGCAGUGUUUGAGAAUUUUUUUUUUGUAUGUAUACCUACGUUAUCUGUCACAAAGACGCAAGAUUUGGAGAAGUAAAGUGUUUUUUUUUGUUUGUUUGUUUGUUUGUUUGGUUUGUUUUGUUUUGUUUUUUUGUUUGAAAUUAUUGUUAAGCCAGAAAGCUAAAAAGAGAAUAACUGAGAUGUUUAAACUCAGAAAAUGAACACAAACUCAUUGAAGUUCUGAUUUGGUUUCACGUAUUAUAUUAUUCUAAAAAUACCUGGAAUUUUAAGAUUAGUUUGCAUUUGAGCAGUCAAUAAGAUUACAACAUGUUUCUAGAAGGAGAAGGCUUUACUAUUGGAAAAAUUGUGAUGGGUGAAAUG